CGUGACGUCAUAAGGCUGCGCCGCUCUCCUGCAUCUGUUGUGAUUCGGCUGAAGAAAGGAGCUGAGACGCGAGGAAAGGAAACGAGGAAACACAAAUUCUCCCCCGUAUCCCCGGACGAGAGUGAGGAACGGCUGGCGGAGGGAUGCAGAAAACUGUCGAGGACAGUGUCCAAACACACAGGAAAACUGCUGAUGAAGCGACUGAGAUCCAUGUGACACACUAUGAUAAAGAUGGCGUUUUUUAAAGAGGAGAGUGAAGACGUAAAGAUUGAAGAAACAUUCAAAGUAAAACAUGAAGAGACUGAGGAACAAACAAAGAUGCCAUUUAUUAAAGAGGAGAGUGAAGACGUGAAGAUUCAAGAAGCAUUCAGCGUGAAACAAGAAGAAACUGAGGAACAAACAGACCUGGUCCCGUUGAAAGAGGAGAGUCAAGAUCUGAAUGAAAUGAAAGAGAAAGAUCAGCGUAAGACACUUCACAAUGUCAUAACUGAAGAAAAAUCUUUUAGUAGCUCUCAGACUGAAAAAGCUUCCUCACAAAAAAGGGCUCAAAAGACCGGGACUAUGGGUAAUUUCACCUGCCACCUGUGUGGACUAAGAUUCAAUAAGCCUGGAAAGCUUGAAGCCCACAUGAGAGUUCACACUGGGAGGAAGCUUUACCCCUGCCAACAGUGUGGAUUCAUUUUCAACCAACAAGGAAACCUUAAAAUCCAUAUGAGAAUACACACUGGAGAGAAGCCUUACACCUGCUCUCAGUGUGGAAAGAGUUUCAAUCGAAAUGGAAACCUUAAAGACCACAUGAGAAUUCACACUGGAGAGAGCCCUUACACCUGCCAAUGGUGUGGAAAGAGUUUCACUAAAAAAAAAAACCUCAAUAACCACAUGAGAGUUCACACUGGAGAGAAGCCUUUCACAUGCCCCAGUGUGGAAAGAGUUUCAAUCAAGACAGAAACCUUAAAGUCCACAUGAGAUUUCAUUCUGGGGAGAAGUAGAAUAAAGAAAAAUAAACAUU